GCCAAUAGAAAAGGGCACAAAAGUCACGCAUCCAGCCCUCAGCUGUUUUUGUUUUUGUCUGCCUCCUGUUAACUCUAGAAGUUAGGGUUAAAACAAAAUACAAGCGCCGUGUUCUAAAAUAGAAGAAACAACAAAUACUUUUAGUUUCAGGAUUCAAGUCAUCAAUUUGCAAUUUGUAUAGCAUGUAUUACAUUGUAAUAACUAAUCUCAAGCGCAUACGUGUGUAGAGGAGCUGGGUUUCGAGGUGAUCGAUCCGAACACAGGCCACUGAACUAGGGCAGUGGAGCAGGACAGGAUAAUCACUGUGGACGAGAUGGAGGAACGGGAGACAUCCGACGGUCCGGGAGGGCCUCAAGGCUUGAUCAGCGCCUCGUUCAACCAGGACACCACCUCUCUAUCAGUGGGCACUAAGUCAGGCUACAGACUCUUCUCUGUCACCUCAGUGGACAAGAUGGACUGCAUCCACGAAGGAGCGGAGUGUCCAGACGUGUACAUCGUGGAGCGGUUGUUCUCCAGCAGUCUGGUGGCGGUGGUCAGUCUCUCCAUGCCCCGACGUAUGAACGUCUACCACUUCAAAAGGGGAACAGAGAUCUGCAACUAUAGCUACUCUAACAACAUCCUCUCAGUCCGGCUCAACAGACAGAGGCUGGUGGUGUGUCUGGAGGAGUCAGUGUACAUUCACAACAUCAAAGACAUGAAGCUGCUGAAGACGCUGCUCAACACGCCCCACAACCCCUCGGGUCUCUGUGCCCUCUCUGUGAACCAUGGUAACUCCUACCUGGCGUACCCUGGCAGUCAGACCAUCGGAGAGAUCAUGGUCUAUGACACCAACAACCUGAGCAAGGUGACGAUGAUCCCAGCCCAUGACAGUCCCCUGGCAGCCCUCACAUUCAACGCUUCAGGAACAAAACUGGCCAGUGCCUCCGAGAGGGGUACAGUGAUCAGAGUGUUCACCAUCCCAGAGGGACAGAGGCUGUUUGAGUUCCGUAGAGGGAUGAAGAGGGCAGUGUGCAGUGCGAUGGCGAUUGCAUCCUCUGUGGAUCUAUUGGGGCGGUAUGUGAGUAUCAGCUCGUUGUCCUUUAGUUCAGACGCACAGUUCCUCUGUGCCUCCAGCAACACAGAGACGGUCCAUAUCUUCAAACUGGAACAGCACAGCCCCAGUCGAGAUGGCGAGUCUCCUACGUGGGGUGCCUACGUGGGGAAGAUGUUCACAGCAGCCAGCACCUACCUUCCCUCCCAGGUCUCUGACAUGAUGCACCAAGACCGGGCCUUUGCCACCGUACGACUCAACAUGUUCGGACUCAAGAACGUAUGCGCCUUGUCCACGGUUCAGAAGCUACCUCGUCUGCUGGUGGCAUCAUCAGAUGGACAUCUCUACAUCUAUAACAUUGACCCACAGGAUGGAGGAGAGUGUGUUCUGGUCAGGAAACACAGGCUAUUUGAAAGAGAUGAGGCGCCACAGGAAGCACAACCGGAAAAGGAGGAGUCAGAGGAUGGAAGGUCCCUCCCACCGUCAACCAGCCCAUCAUACGCUGCCACUGUGUCCCUCCCCUCGACCCCACCUUCUUCUACCACUCUCACAGGCUACUCAGAGGAUGGAGGGGCUGAGAAAGGGGAUGUGAUCCCUGAACAUGAGUUUGCCGAGGGACCCGUCUGUCUGGAUGACGAGAACGAGUUUCCUCCCGUCAGCAAACAGACCAACUGACCCACCACUUCCCUGGAACCAAUCAACUGGAGCCAUUAUGACCCGCCACUUCCCAGGAACCAAUCAACUAGAGCCAUUCACGCAAGAAGGAAGUAUAUCAGUGUUAAGAGAACCCCCCACCCCAUGUCCCCAACGAGCCAAUCAAAUGGGAGAAAUGUAGAUGCCACAGUGUUGAUUGGUUACUCUAAUGUGCCAUUCAGAAGUAGAGUGUGGCUAGAUAGUAGACCCGUCUCAGUACAUUGUCUCAUACCUGGCCCUAAAGGUCAGUAUGAAUACAAUUUAAAUCCAUUCCCUAACUAUCAGAAGGGAAGCAGGUCUGGGCUAUGAAUUUGUAGCCUUCCUCUAGUCUAAUAUUAACCAAUAUUUAACCUGGUUAAAAAGGAACUUUAAUAUUGAAUUGCAAUCAUAUAGCGCUAUUGAGAAGUGCUCUGAGCGCUUAACCAUUCAGUUGUACUUUUAUAACCUGUUUAGUAUAGUGAUUUCUAACACUGACUGGAUAGUGAGGUCCGAGUCCUAUUCUGCUGCUUGAUGCAUAUUGGCUAGAACCCAGUGUAGGGUGGAAGAGGGCAGAGAGGGUCACAGACAGACUGCGUCUUAUCAGUGGGCUAUAGCUGUGCCACGCCCUGAGAGAGAAGAGGGGGGAGGGAGAGAGAGGAUGGUGGAAUAGAGAAGGAGAGAGAGAGGAUGGUGGAAUAGAGAAGGAGAGAGAGGACGUUCUAUCAUAUGUCUUGAGGUGAUGUUUUUGAACUUAUCUCUAGAAAAAAGGUGGGAAGAAUAAUAUACACAUACUGAUAAUGUGAAAAACAUGAUUUAUAGUAUUGUAGAUUCUUACAGGUCCUUUUAUUUCAGUGAUAAUAUUAUUAACACCAUUGACUAAAUAAUGUUGAAUAUUGUACAAUUUCAUACAUGACAUAGAUGUUUUUACUUUGUAAAAAAUUAUGUUGACUUGUACUAAAUAUUAUUUUGGAAUAUGAAAUUAGAAUUAUUCAUCAAUGCAUUAGUCCUACAGUAAUUAAGUGAAGGUUUUGGCGGAAAGUGGAUUUUUAUUGUUUCUGUAUAAUGUGUAUGUAUAUAUGUGUGUGUGUGUGUGUGUGUGUGUGUGUAUAUAUAUAGUUGAAGUUGGAAGUUUACAUACACUUAGGUUGGAGUCAUUAAAAGUUUUUCAACCACUCCACGAAUUUCUUGUUAACAAACUAUAGUUUUGGCAAGUCGGUUAGGCCAUCUACUUUGUGCAUGACACAAGUAAUUUUUCUAACAAUUGUUUACAGACAGAUUAUUUAACUUAUAAUUCACUGUAUCACAAUUCCAGUGGGUCAGAAGUUUACAUACACUAAGUUGACUGUGCCUUUAAACAGCUUGGAAAAUUCCAGAAAAUGAUGUCAUGGCUUUAGAAGCUUCUGAUAGGCUAAUUGACAUCAUUUGAGUCAAUUGGAGGUGUACCUGUGGCUGUAUUUCAAGGCCUACCUUCAAACUCUGUGCCUCUUUGCUUGACAUCAUAGAAAAUCAAAAGAAAUCAGCUAAGACCUCAGAAAACAUAUUGUAGUCCUCCACAAGUCUGGGUCAUCCUUGGGAGCAAUUUCCAAGUGCCUGAAGGUACCACGUUCAUCUGUACAAACAAUAGUACGCAAGUAUAAACACCAUGGGAACACGCAGCCGUCAUACCGCUCAGGAAGGAGACGCGUUCUGUCUCCUAGAGAUGAACGUACUUUGGUGCGAAAAGUGCAAAUCAAUCCCAGAACAACAGCAAAGGACCUUGUGAAGAUGCUGGAGGAAACGGGUACAAAAGUAUCUAUAUCCACAGUAAAACGAGUCCUAUAUCGACAAAACCUGAAAGGCCACUCAGCAAGGAAGAAGCCACUGCUCCAAACCCGCCAUAAAAAAGCCAGACUACGGUUUGCAACUGCACAUGGGGACAAAGAUCGUACUUUUUGGAGAAAUGUCCUCUGGUCUGAUUCAACAAAAAUAGAACUGUUUGGCCAUAAUGACCAUUGUUAUGUUUGGAGGACGAAUGGGGAGGCUUGCAAGCCGAAGAACACCAUCCCAACCGUGAAGCAUGGGGGUGGCAGCAUCAUGUUGUGGGGGUGCUUUGCUGCAGAAGGGACUGGUGCACUAAACAAAAUAGAUGGCAUCAUGAGGUAGGAAAAUUAUGUGGAAUUAUUGAAGCAACAUCUCAAGAUAGUCAGGAAGUUAAAGCUUGGUCACAAAUGGAUCUUCCAAAUGGACAAUGACCCCAAGCAUACUUCCAAAGUUGUGGCAAAAAGUCAAGAUAUUGAAGUGGCCAUCACAAAGCCCUGACCUCAAUCCUAUAGAAAAUGUGUGGGCCGAACUGAAAAAGCGUGUGGAAGCAAGGAUGGCUUCAAACCUGACUCAGUUACACCAGCUCUGUCAGGAGGAAUGGGACAAAAUUCACCCAACUUAUUGUGGGAAGCUUGUGGACGGCUACCCGAAACAUUUUACCCAAGUUAAACAAUUUAAGGCAAUGCUACCAAAUACUAAUUGAGUGUAUGUACAUUUCUGACCCACUGGGAAUGUGAUGAUUAAAGCUGAAAUAAAUCAUUCUCUCUACUAUUAUUCUGACAUUUCACAUUCUUAAAAUAAAGUGGUGAUCCUAACUGACCUAAGACAGGUAAUUUUUACUAGGAUUAAAUGUCAGGAAUUGUGAAAAACUGAGUUUAAAUGUAUUUGGCUAAGGUGUAUGUAAACUUCCGACUUCAACUGUAUGUAUAUAUAUAUAUAUAUAUAUAUAUAUAUACACACACACACGUGUGUAUAUAUAUAUAUAUAUAUAUAUAUAUACACACACACACGUGUGUAUAUAUAUAUAUAUAUACAUACAUACAUACAUAUUAUAUGUGUGUGUGUAUGUAUGUAAACAGUAUGCCUAUUGUUAUUACCUUGUGACUGAUUUGCCAAAGGGUCGAGCUUUGAGAACACUAAUGUUCUUUUGAAGUUUUGAUUUAAGAUUUUAAACCACAAAUGAAAGGGAAUGUGAAUCAAAAAAGUCUCCUGU